UAAAGCGCAUGCGCCGUCGUAUUCCAGAUCUUUCUGACUGUGCUGAAGUCAGUGACCGACGGCUUAGUUUUGGGUUUGUGUUUAUAAAGUACGUGGACGAAGUGUCAUUUUGCUGAUAUCUUGCCAAGGCACUUGUUUAGGACAGCCUGUAUAAGCUGCAGCCAUGGUGUGCAUUCCGUGCAUUGUCAUUCCUGUCCUGCUGUGGGUCUACAAGAGAUUCCUGGAGCCUAUCAUCUAUCCUUUCAUUUCACCAAUAAUCAGUCGGUUUUGGACCAAGAAAGCUGUCCAAGAGACGGGCAGUGAUGGCCAAAAGGUUACUGAAAAGUGUAAUGGAACAUGUAAGCCUGAAAGCAAUGGUCUGGUCACCACAGAUGGAUCUUCUACAGCAGCAGAUAAGAAGACUGACUGACAUCCUUAAAUUAUUGUAAUGUUCUAAAACACUGUAAAUAUUUCAAUAUAUAAUAUAGACUCUAUAUUGCA